ACUCAAGUACACUCGUCAGGGAUGGUCAGAUUGUUGAGCGUCAUCUCUCUCUCUCUGUGUGUUCAGGAUCUGUAUUUAGGGAAGACUCUGUUUCUGCUGUUGAGUUUGCGCAGAUUUCCUCGUCUGACGAUGCUGUGUCUGUUCCUGUUUGAUUAUGAAGACACGUUCCUGCCCUUCAUUCACACCAGCUGCCCGGCACCAAGCUCCCAGGACAGUCUGCUGGACACACCACUGAGUCAGUGGGUGGAGUUUCUGCUGAUGUACUUCCUGUUGCCCUAUCAGCUGCUGUCUGCGGUGGCCUGGCACUGGAUGAGUGUUCAUUACUGGACGGCACGCGUCGUCAUGUUACACACUGUGCUACUGUCCACGCUGGAUGUGCACUACUUCUGGACGCUGUUGAAGAGAGGACAGAUGAGGACGCUCCCUCGGCGUGUUUGGCAGGAGGUGUUCAGGGUGAUGAUGGAGGAGUCUCUGUUUGUGCUGAUGUGGUCUCUGAUUCCUCUGUUCUUCUGUAACUGUCUGUUCUACUACAAUCUGUACAUCUGCCCCUUCAACACUGCAGCGCUGGUCAAACGAACACUGCUGCAGACAGACACACAGCAGCGGAGGAUCUGACACACGCACACACACACACACACACACACACACACACACACACACACACA